AGAGGGGCCUUUGGAAAAAGUGAAGUGGCCUGCCCAAGAUGCCUGGAAUGUGAGAGGGCUUUAGGAGCCUGAAGGGUGCUAGAGAGCUGACCAUGGGGGGGGGGGCGUGUCCUUAGCUCUCAGCAUCAAUGGCCUGGCCUGGCCAAUCAUGAGGUCCUCUCUCUGGCAGGUAAACACUGAGGGGUGUUCUCGAAGGAUGGAACCCCUGCCAGACCCACUCUAUCCCUGGAAGCAGGGAAACCAAAGCCAGAGGGCGCCCCCUUGGUGUAGACGCUGAGCCCCAGCUGAUGGCCCAGAGCCAGUCACGUGGGUGGACCCAUGCUGCCCUCGCUUCAGUUUCCUAAUGGUGUUUGGGGGGAAUAAGUGGGGGACAGGGGACAGAGGGUAAGAGAUAGCAUAGCACGGACAUCUGGUACCAGCUAAAGGCAGCCUGGCAGGUUGGAAUCCCAGCUGCACUGUUGGCUGGGUGUGAAGUGACACUGAACGUGCCCCAAACCUCCGAGGCUAUAUUCCUGAGCUGUAAAAUGGGAUUAGGGGGAAACUCUGAUUACAAGACAAAGGUAAGGAAUAAAAGGGUCUAGCGGAGAGCCUGUGCACUGUAGGAACUGAAGAUCAGCACAGGAGCCCAUUAUUACGGUGUCCCAUUGUUGUGUGGCUAGAGGGUGGGACUCCUUUUCUCAGACUGACAUUCCAGGCUUCCUCUGAACCUACAGAUAGAUGACAAGUUUGCCAGCUCUGUUGAAUGCAGCCAGAGCUUGUUGGGGGAGUUUUCCAGGGGCAGGGGGAGAGGGGUCAGAAGUCACCUCGACCCAUCUCCCUUCAAUUCCAGAUGAAGAAAUCCAAGCCUGGGAAAGGAAGUGACCUCCACCAGCUCUCAGGGUGGGUGGAGCAGGUCCAGGACCUCUGGAGGAAGAAGGGUAGGAGAAAGAGCUGCCAGGGGGUGUCUGGUAAUGGGAACUCAGGCUUUCCAGGGCUGAAUUUCCAGCCAGGGCAGGUCCUUGAGGAAUUUUCUCUUCCUCCCCAGGACAUCCAUCUUCCCAGGCUUUCCUCUGAAUGACUGACUCAGAGAGCAAGUCUCUGGGCCCCUGCGCCCUGCAGGGAUGGUUUGCCACCUUCAAGGUGGGGCUGAGCUGGAGAGAAAUUGAGGACCAGCCAGGGGUGGGGAUGAGCUCCCUGUAAACCAGAGCUUUCACAUCAUUUGUCUACCAGCGGGCUGCCUUCCUCCCAAGCCGGGCACUGGCAGUUUCCAGGAGCUGAUUGGACACUCUGCUCCAGGAGUCUCCAGGAAUGCAGGCGUUUCUGAGAAAGCACGUGGUGGGUGCAGCAGAGGGGAGGUUUGGGUGCCCAAACCCCACGCUGCAGAGAGAAAGUGAAAGAGAAAAAGGGCUGCUACAGGGGGCGGAGGUGGGGUGGCCAGGGGACUGCCUGCACCAUACUUGCUGCAGCUCCAGAGCUGGAGGGAGGGAGAAGCCACUGGCAGCGCGGGAGUCCAGGGAGCAGUGGCAGUGGACAGUGCGCCACCAUGGAGUUGGGGCCUCUGGAGGGUGGGUACUUGGAGCUUCUCAACAGCAGUGCCGACCCUCUGCAGCUCUACCACCUCUAUGACCGGAUGGACCUGGCUGGAGAAGAAGAGAUGGAGCUCUGCUCAGAACCUGACACGGACACCAUCAACUGCGAACAGUUCAGCAGGCUGUUGUGUGACAUGGAAGCAGAUGAAGAAACCAGGGAAACUUACGCCAGUAUCGCGGAACUGGACCAGUAUGUUUUUCAAGACUCUCAACUGGAGGGCCUGGGCAAAGACAUUUUCAUUGAGCACAUAGGAUUGGAAGAAAUGAUCAGUGAGAGCGUGGAGGUGCUGGAGGACUCAGGGCGGAAAAAUCAGAAAAGAUCUUUCCCGGAGGAGCUGCCUGCGGAUAUGAAGCACAGGAAGCUAGCCGAGCCCCUCGCCAUGCCCAUGGUGACUGGCACUUUCCUGGUGGGGCCAGUGAGCGACUCCUCAGCUCGACCCUGCCCAUCACCUCCUGCUCUGUUCAACAAGGAAUCAGCACCCAGCCAGACCCAGCUGGAGGACGCUGUCCCAAUGCCCGCGCCCCCUUCAGGUUCCUUGUUGAGCUGCCUGAGUGUCCCGGCUGGAUCCAUCCAGAUCAUCCCCACGCUCUCCACCCUGCCCCAGGGGCUCUGGCACAUCUCAGGGGCUGGGACAGGGGUCUCCAGUAUACUCAUCUACCAAGGUGAGAUGACCCAGGCCAGCCAAGCACCCCCUGUCCAUAGCCUCCCAAAGUCCCCAGACCGGCCUGGCUCCACCAGUCCCUUCGCCCCGUCAGCAGCUGACCUCCCCAGCAUGCCUGAACCAGCCCUGACCUCCCGGGCAAACAUGACAGAGGGCAGUGUGUCCCCCACCCAAUGCUCAGGUGAUCAAGAGGCCUCCAGCAGGCUUCCCAAGUGGCCAGAGACUGUGGAGCAGUUCCACCACUCACUCCGGGACUGGUACCAAGCCAAGCCCGCAGGCCCGGAAGGCAUCCUGGUGGAGGUGGACCUGGUGAGGGUGCGGCUGGAGAGGAGCAGCAGCAAGAGUCAGGAGAGAGAGCUGGCCUCCCUGGACUGGGCAGAGCGGCAGCUGGCCCAAGGGGGUCUGGCGGAGGUGCUGCUGGCCGCUAGCGACCGCCGGGGGCCACGCGAGACGCAGGUGAUCGCCGUGCUCGGCAAAGCAGGACAAGGGAAGAGUCACUGGGCCCAGGCCGUGAGCUGGGCCUGGGCUGACGGCCAGCUGCCACAGUACGACUUUGUCUUCUGCGUCCCCUGCCACUGUUUGGACCGGCCGGGGAACACCUACCGCCUGCAGGAUCUGCUCUUCUCCCUGGGCCCGCAGCCCCUGCCCAUGGACGACGAGGUCUUCAGUUACAUCUUGAGGCGGCCGGACCGCGUUCUGCUCAUCCUGGAUGCCUUCGAGGAGCGCGAAGCCCAGGACGGCUUCGUGCACAGCGCGGGCGGACCCCUGUCCUCAGAACCCCGCUCCCUUCGGGGGCUGCUGGCGGGGCUCCUCCAGCGCAAGCUGCUGCGAGGCUGCACCCUGCUGCUCACGGCCCGGCCCCGGGGCCGCCUGGCCCAGAGCCUGAGCAAGGCCGACGCCUUGUUCGAGGUGGUCGGCUUCUCCGUCCAGCAGGCCGAGACCUACAUGCUGCGCUACUUUGAGUGUCAGGGAGCCCGCGAGCGCCAGAAGAGAGCCCUGGAGCUCCUCCAGGCACAGCCGUUUCUCCUGAGUCACAGCCACAGCCCCUCCAUGUGCCGGGCCGUGUGCCAGCUCUCAGAGGCCCUCCUGGAGCUGGGCGAGGAGGCCGAGCUGCCCUCCACGCUCACCGGCCUCUACAUCGGCCUCCUAGGACCAGCGGCCCGCGAAAGCCCCCCGGGUGCCCUGGUGGGACUGGCCAGACUGGCCUGGGAGCUGGGCCGCCGUCACCACAGCAGCUUGCAGGAGGGCCAGUUCCCAUCGGCAGAGGCCAGGGCCUGGGCUGUGGCCCAAGGCUUGGUGCAGCGCGCCCCAGGGGCCCCGGGGGCCCCUGAGCUGGCCUUCUCCAGCUUCCUCCUGCAGUGCUUCCUGGGGGCCGUGUGGCUGGCUCUGAGCAGCGAGAUCAAGGACAAGGAGCUGCCGCAGUAUUUGGCAUUAACCCCUAGGAAGAAGAGGCCCUAUGACAACUGGUUGGAGGCUGUGCCGCGCUUUCUGGUCGGGCUGGUCUUCCAGCCUCGCGCCCGCUGCCUGGGAGCCCUGGCAGGGCUGGCGGCAGCCACCUUGGCGGACCGGAAGCAGAAGGUGCUCAACAGGUACCUGAAGCGGCUGCAGCCCGGGACCCUACAGGCAGGGCGGCUGCUGGAGCUGCUGCACUGCACGCACGAAGCCCUGGAUUCUGGGCUUUGGCAGCAUGUGCUGCAGGGGCUCCCAACCCAACUCUCCUUCCUGGGCACUCGGCUCACGCCUCCGGACACCCAUGUGCUGGGCAGCGCCUUGGAGGCUGCAGGCCGAGACUUCUCCCUGGACCUCCGCAGCACUGGCAUUGACCCCUCUGGACUGGGGAGCCUCGUGGGACUCAGCUGUGUCACCCAUUUCAGGGCCGCCUUGAGUGACACAGUGGGGCUGUGGGAGUCUCUACAGCAGCGUGGGGAGACCAAGCUACUCCAGGCGCUGGAGGAGAAAUUUACCAUCGAGCCUUUCAAGGCCAAGUCCAUGAAGGAUGUGGAAGACCUGGGCAACCUCGUGCAGAUCCAGAGGACGAGAAGCUCUUCUGAAGACGUGGCUGGGGAACUCCCUGCUGUCCGGGACCUAAAGAAGUUGGAAUUUGCGCUGGGCCCUGUCUUGGGCCCCCAGGCUUUCCCCAAACUGGUGAGGAUCCUUGAGGCCUUUUCUUCCCUGCAGCAUCUGGACCUGGACUCGUUGAGUGAGAACAAGAUCGGGGACGAGGGCGUCGCCCAGCUCUCAGCCACCUUCCCUCAACUGAAGGCCCUGGAGACCCUCAACUUGUCCCAGAACAACAUCUCCGAUGUGGGUGCUUGCCAGCUGGCCAAGGCCCUGCCCUCGCUGGCCACGUCCCUCCUCAGGCUGAGCUUGUACAACAACUGCAUCUGCGAUGUGGGAGCCGAGAGCCUGGCACAUGUGCUUCCAGACAUGGGGUCCCUCCGGGUGCUAGAUGUCCAGUACAACAAGUUCACAGCUGCCGGGGCCCAGCAGCUCGCCGCCAGCCUGAGAAAGUGCCCUCGCAUGGAGACGCUGGCGAUGUGGACACCCACCAUCCCGUUUGGUGUCCAGGAACACCUGCAGCAGCAGGACUCAAGGAUAUCCUGAGAUGACCCAGGCUGCACCCGGGACAAGCACGUUCUCUGAGGACGCUGACCACGCUGGACCCUGACCUGAUCAUCUGUGGACACAGCUCUUCUUAGGCUGUGUCCCGUGAGCUUUGGCGAUCUGGUGCCCAGCCCUGGUGGCUCAGAGUCAGCCCCCACUCUGCUGGGGAAAGGACCCACGGCCUGCUGUGUGGACAGACCCAGGCCCGGCCCCAGGCUCCUUCGGGGCCCAGGUUGUUGUCAGCCUUGCUCAGCCACUGCAGUCCUGGCGACAGGCGGGCACCCAGUGGCAGCUAGGGUCCACCCGGGAGCCCUGAAGCACUCCCUGCAGGACACUGCAGACAGUGGUGGCCAGGUCAGAGUGAGGGAUGUGGCGGCCACAUUACCUGCCCAGGUCCUGCUGGCCGGGGGAGAAAGCACCUCUCCACACUGCUCCCCUGGUGGGGUAAGCUUGGCGCUCAGAAGAUACCAGCCAGCACCCCCCAGCGUGUUGAUUUCCCGAACGGUGACCGAUGGGGGGUCCACGGCAGCUGCCCUCUGCCUCCGGCACCUGCGGGUUUGCACUCACUUUGUUUGCCGAUCCCAAAGCUGGGCCUGGCCAGACACGCUGGACCUUAGCAGGGGAAGAGCCGACAGUACACUACGGGACGAGGGGGGGGUGGCGAGGGUCUGGAACCACAUCCGCCUUCUUGCCUUCACGUCCUGUGUCUUUUUUCACUACAUUAUACAUGGCUUAUUCAGUCUUA